GUUUGGAUUUAUGAUUUUUGAGUUAAUCUGAUACCAAUUUAGUGGUAUCAGAGCAGUUUCGAUCUUGUUUCGAUUGAUGAUUAUUUUCGAGUUAAUCUGAUACCAUUUUAGUGGUAUCAGAGCAUGGUUUGAGUCAAAUGUUGUGUUUUGUGUUUUGGAAUUUCGAUCUUGUUUCGAUUCAUGAUUUUCGGUGUUCCGCUUGUUUUAUUUUCCCUUUGUAAUUUGAUCCUACGAUGUGACUUUCGAGUUGUGGGACCAGGCAGCGGCAAGAUAUCUCCGAGCUAUAGGAUGUAAGUGGUCUACUGCUAAAUCAUUUUCCUUACCUACUUAUUAUUAACAGGAAUGGCACGAAAAGGGUCGACUGCUAUGCAUCACCGUGGACAGGGUCGACCACGAAAACAACCCACGGUAUCGAUGGGCCCCAAACCUGCUGGCCAAGAGACGGAGUUUACAGGAAACCCGAAUGAGGUUGAUUCAGGUAACAGUGAUCGGAAUCCUCCAACCUCUACUAGGGAGCAUGAGUUACGGACGCCGGGAGUACCACCUUCUAUACCUGCUCCAGACACUACUGGUUGGGUGAUGGAUAGAGCCCGAAUACCCUUGUUGACCAAGUCUGUGAAAGAUCGAACUACUCUGUUCCAUGGGGGUGCUGACCCUUGGGCGGCUCGUAGCUGGUUGAAGAACUUGGAGGGCACAUUUUGGUACACGAAGUGUACAGAUGAAGAGAAGGUGGAGUUGGCCGCAUAUCAUCUUCGGGAUCAAGCUAUCACUUGGUGGGACAUGCAGAAGUCGAUCUUUGGAGAACAACGUAUCACGUGGCAGAUGUACCGGAAGGCAUUUGAGAGACAGUAUUUCCCGGUUACAUUUUGUCUAGCCCGUCAUCAGGAGUUUCUGAACCUCAAGCAAGGUGACCGUUCUGUGAUGGAGUAUAAUGCAAAAUUCAGUAGACUGGCUGAGUUUUGUCCUCAUCUGGUGGCUCAGGAUUAUGAUCGGAUGCAUCAGUUUACGCAAGGACUUGCGGCAUACAUACGACUCAAGAUGUCAGGAUUUCCAGGUAGUUCUUAUCGGGAGGUGUUAGAUCGGGCGUUAUUCAUUGAGAUGACUCAGCAGCAAGUGAACCUGGAGAAAAGUAAUACUAAACAAGUGACACAGAAGAAGGAAAAAAGAGGCCAGAGCUCACAGGUUACCUCUGGAGGGUCCUCUCCACCUCAGAAGACAAGGCGAACCUCGGAUGGGGGUUCUCGUUCCCCUCAACGAGAUUGGAAGAAUGAUAGUAGAGGGACUAGAUGUUUCCAGUGCGGCUCGAAAGGUCACCUCAAACCUAAUUGUCCAUUGGACCACUCGAUAUGCUUUUAUUGUAAGCUUUCGGGCCAUGAGAGUCGAAAUUGCACUAUGAAGGCUCAAUUAGAGACGACUAAAGAUACCACUCAGGGAGGGCGACCCACCCAGCCACGACAGCAGAAAGGACCUCAGAGGACUCAGAACGCUUCAUAUCAGCUGCAACUGCCGGGGCCCCAGGGAAAAGUAUACCAUAUCCAGAGUCAGGAGUAUCUAGUGAUGCCAGCGACCACGCAGUACUCUACUGCGGCGUCCCCUUAUCAGACAUAUCCGGUACAGCAAGACCCUGCACUUCCAUCUCAGCCUUAUUCGGCAUUCCAACCGCCGACUCAGCCUCAGUACCCGCAGCAGCAGCAGGUGACGCUCCUCCGAUUCCACGUCAGCCUACUUUAAGGAUGCCACCAUCAAGUGAAGAGGUGGGACGGGGUUAUGCUGCCACACGGGAGGAGGCACAGCGGGCCGAGGGAUUGGACUUUCGAGGUAUUAGCCACUUUAUACAUUUAGUGUAGAUUUAUUGAUAGAUACUGGUAGUUCUCAUUCGUUCAUCUCUCGGGUAUCUUUGGAUAAGAUCGAGGGGGGUAUCUUUGGAUACUGUUAACAUGAGUUAACAGUAUAUGUACCAUCUAAAGGGGUACUCAUUAGUAGUCAAGAAGUCAAAGACUUUUCUUUGGACUUUGAUGGUCAGACACUUGCGACGGAUCUACAUAUGGGGGGAAUAGUGGGAUUUGACAUCAUCCUGAGCUUAGAUGGGAUGACUAUAAAACGUGUCAUUUGUUGUUCAACGUGCUGAGGUCGUAAAUUUGGGGACCAAAUUUUUAUUAGUGGGGGAAAAUGUAAAAUACGGUCAUAAAUAAUAAUUUAAUAAUAAGGUUUAAUAGACAAAUAACCUUAUUAGGAUUUUUAGAAAUUUUCUGGGAUUUAAUUGGAUCUCAUAUGAUGUAUUUAAAGGAGAUGCAUUAAUGGGGCCGAUAAAAGCCUGUUUGGAAUACCCGGGGUGGGAGUUGAUUGAGAAAUCGAUCUAGGGUUUGAUUUUACAAAUCUCUAAGUUAUAAAUAUAAUUUUCCCAUGCCCUAACUCCCACACCCGCCGAACUCCUCAUCCUCCCCGAGCCCUCUCCCUCUCGCGAGAUCCCACACCACCUCCGGCGAUCUCCCUUCCUCACUCGAGCACUAGCCGGUCUCCUCUCUUCCUCGCGCAAGAGCACCCCGGCAGCCGGCGACCUCCUUUCUCGAGCGAUCAGAGCCGGCGAUCUUGCCCUCACGCGAGCACCCCAGCCGCCUCAACACCCGAUUGCGCCGGUGUUGACCAUCCCGGUGCCAGCCGAACCCUAGGUUGGCUCCAGUCAGUUGCUUCCACCUCCACUGUGCCACACAAGUUUGGGUCGACUCCGGAUCAGCCCAAACAGAGCCCUGCCGCCAACACAGUCGUGCCCUAACCGAUCCAGCAGGACGUUGAUUGAAGACGGUUGACACGAUCUACAUAUAAAGG